AUGAAUAGCCAAUUGGACAUUAAUAUGUUAAACACAAUUAGAAUUGUUAUUCGUGAGAAACUGGCUGAUAUCCACACUUCAGUUGCUAGAAUUGAUGAAAAUGUUGCUAAUCAACAACAGUUUAUAAGACAGACUUUUAACACAGACAGAACUAAUGUCAUCAAACAAUCUGCAAUCAAAAGACAAAUGGAAUACCUAGUAAGCCAUCCUGAUGACAGAGGCGUAAGACAUAUAACUGUAACAAUGAAUGAGACACAUAUGGGGUUCAUACCUCGAGGAACAAACAAGACCCCAAGUGACACUGCAAGAAUCAAUGCAUUGAUUAACUCCCUCUGGAAAAAACAAAAAGGGACAGAUAUGAAAAAUCAAAUCCGAGCUGGAAAAAAAACCCUGGCCUGGAGACAAAAGCACUUCUCAACUGUAUAA